AUGGUUUUUGGCACAACACUAAAAAUCCCUUCCGAGUUCUUCGUAAGGAACGGAAAGAUAGCCACCAUUACCGAUUUUGCCAACAGUCUACGUAAAGCUAUGCAGAACAUGCGACCCACCGAAACUGCUUGGCACGAUCAACGGAAGGUGUUUGUCCACCCGGACCUCAGCACGUGUGAGCAAGUGUUUGUGCGAAAUGAUGCCAUCCGGCCGUCCUUGUCACCACCUUACAGUGGUCCUCACCGUGUCAUCAGCCGCAGCGAGAAGCACUACAAGGUCAUCGUGAAUGGGAGAACGGUAAACAUUUCGAUCGACCGUUUGAAGCCAGCGUACACGACCGACGCACCGACGCAGCAGGACUCCAGUACAACAAACAGUACCAGCGCAUCGACUAUGACAACUCGCUCGGGGCGACGAGUGGUCAUUCCACUUCGGCUGGGACAGCCUGUGCAGCCGUCACCAUCUGCACGAACCGGACCGAAGGUGUCUACCGGUGUUGCGCUACGCGUGCGGUCCGUCAACACACCGCCCCAUUGUGCCCGGUACACCCGGUCGAAGCGAAGCAGGUCCACGAGCGACCCAGGCCAGAUUCCGGACGGGAACUGUGCGCAGACGAGCGAGUUGGAGCAGAGCGGUUGA